AUGAGAAUCCUUCCGCUCUCAUUUUGCGCCAUCGCCCUCGUUCUGCCUUCGGCAGUCAGGGCGGCUGGCAGCCUGCCUACGGUCGACCUCGGCUACGAAGUCCAUCAAGCCAUCUCCCUGAACGAAGAAACGGCGCUCUACAACUUUAGCAACAUCCGAUACGCCCAACCUCCUGUCGGCUCUCUUCGUUUCCGCGCUCCGCAACCGCCCACGGGUCGGGUUCAAGCCGUCCAGGUUGGCGAGCAAGGAAGAAUCUGCCCACAAGCCAUGCCUGAAUGGACCGAAAUCACUCGCCAAUUUGUGCCAGCAUUUGCUGCUGGUAAUCAGUCCACCUUCAAUUACACUCAGGCGGCAGCCAUUGCUGAAGCUCAGCGGGCUCAGCGACAAUGGCCAGCUCCCUGGGCAAAUCCCAACAAUCACACUACCGAGGACUGUUUGUUUCUGGACGUUGUCGUUCCCAAAGCCGUCUUCGAGGGUGGAAGGAACAACACGGGCUCGAAUGGUACGACGAGCACUGCUGACAAUGUCCACCAAGGCGCUCCUGUUCUUGUCUGGUUACACGGUGGCGCAUAUGCGAUCGGAAACAAGGUGUACGACAACAGCGCGGAUCCCAGCGGCCUGAUCAAGACGAGCCAGGCGAAUGGCAGUGCUGGAAUCAUCUACGUCAGUAUUAAUUACAGACUCGGUGCUCUUGGUUGGCUGGCUGGCCCAUCUCUGCAAGCUGCUGGAGGGCUCUCUAAUGCUGGACUAUUGGAUCAAAGGCUGGCUCUUGAAUGGAUAAGAGACAAAAUCCAUCUUUUCGGAGGGGACCCGAAUCGGGUCACUGUGACGGGAGGAUCUGCUGGAGGAGGGAGCAUUGUGCACCAUAUCACCGCUCGGGGUGGUUUGGUUCCCGCUCCAUUUGCGCAAGCAAUUACCGAGUCGGCUGGCUGGCUCCCAAUCACAUCGCAAUACCAACAAGAGAACGCGACAAACACCUUUUUGCGCUACCUCAAUGUCAGUACUAUUGAGGAAGCACAGAAUGCGUCGACCGAAGACGUCAUACUCGCCAAUGCAAAGGCUGUCGGGUCAUCUCAUUGGGUUUCAUUCACAUACGGCCCUGUGGUUGAUGGCGGAUUGGUGCCGGCUCUUCCCGGAAUUUCUCUUCUCAAGGGCGAGUUCGAUCACAACGUCUCCGUCAUGACAGGCCACGUGUCGGAUGAGGCACCUUACUUCACUCCGCCAUUUGUCAAAACCGAUGAGGAAAUGGCUACGAUGCUUCGCGGCAUGUUUCCGACGAUACAAGACCAGGCAGUAUCUCAUAUCCUGGGAAACUUGUAUCCAGAGUCCGGUAUUGAUAGGACGAUGCAGUUCAUCGCCGAGACUGGCCUUACCUGCAACACCAACUACCUUUCCAAGGCAUUCGGCAACAAUACCUACAACUACGAGUUUCGGGUCCCGCCCGGAGUCCAUGGUACAGACUUCCCGUACAUCUUCUACAGCGGACCGGACGAGACUGAGAACGGAAGUCACGGAGGAGUCAACAUCAAGCUGGCCCGUACUCUUCAGGGCUACGUCAGCAACUUCGUGCAGUUCGGUAGUCCAAACGGGCCUGGCCUUCCUAACUUCCCAAUCACUGGGAGUAACUCGAGUAUGCUGGCGUUGAAAGUUGGCAGCGCGGAGAUUGUGGAGGAUACGACGGCGAAUGAGAGAUGUGCUUGGCUUCAAAAAGCACUUUACGCUUGA